AUGGCGUUUUCAUCUUCUAGCAGUGACGAUAAUUUAAACGAACGGAACUUCCGCAACAGAAGGAUCGGUGGCCUCGACAGCACACCAGAGGACGAAGGAGUGCCUGGAUCCAGUACAAGCGCGACGAGACCCGAAUUUGACAUUCUCAGGUGGUUUCCAAAACAUCAGAGUUGUCAACGCUACUUUCUGGAUCAUGCCCAGCAUUUACCUGAAGUUCAGGCUUUCGCCAGCUUUAUCAACAUCCUUCUCCCUUUCCAACGAGAGCCAAAUCCAAUACAUUCUUCCAGGCGGCGAGGAUCGAACGCGAGCAGCGAUUGGGGUCCUUCUUCGUCUAAAUCGCCUUCUCCCGUUUCAGUGUCCCUUCUACCAUACAUAAGGCGGCUGGUGGUCUGCGGUAUGGACAUCCCGCCGAUACUCAAAGGCUUCUUUGGUCACGACUGGGCCGUUGGUGUUGGUCCGCAAAGGGAACAAGAGAGGAGGAACUACUUGUUUGUCGCAAAAUCUGGUGGGUGGGCUGUGGUCAAACGCGAGUAUGACAUGUCGCCGUUAGAGACAGUGCCCUUCAUGCAGCCACUGAAGGACCCGACUGACGGCGAGUUGCAUGCUGCUGAAGAGAAAUGGAGUGAAUGGCUGGCUAUGGAAGACUGGAUGGUUGGCUCGCGAGCGCCUCCAGCUUGA